CCUUCAGGAUAUCAAGAAACCAGACCGUGAUGAUUGGGAGAAUGGGCUGAAUGCAAUGGAGUGUGCAUUACACUUGGAAAAGAGUGUGAAUCAGUCACUACUGGAACUGCACAAACUGGCCACUGAUAAAAAUGACCCCCAUUUGUGUGACUUCAUUGAGACUCAUUACUUGAAUGAGCAGGUGAAAUCCAUCAAAGAAUUGGGUGACCAUGUAACCAACCUGCGCAAGAUGGGGGCCCCCGAAUCUGGCAUGGCGGAGUAUCUCUUUGACAAGCACACCUUGGGAAACAGUGAUAGUGAGAGCUAAGCCUUAGGCUGUCUUCCCGAGCCACCUGAGA